AUGCUCCAGCGCGAAACCUCCCCCGGCGACGGCAUAGAAGCCGCGACCGGCGCGGUCGUCGGGGUGGUUGCUUCGCCGCUGCAGUCGAUUAUGAAGUCGUGCGACUGGGGGUAUUCAGGCAGCGACUUGUCGUGCAGUGUUACCGGAACGUGCGACAUGCGCGGCAUCCGACUCAUGGGCCGAGUGGGCAUGGAUGGCGUCGGAGGCGUUGUCGGCCAGACUGCAACGGGCAUUUGGCUGGCCCUUUGA